CUUGCCCUCAUUGAUGGAGCCUACACCGCACUCAACGCCACUAGACCGGACCUUACCAUAACUUGCUGGCUCUGCCUCAACCCUAAGCCCCCCUACUAUGAAGGCAUCGCUUAUUACUCCACACCCGCUAAUUUGUCCGCUCCCAGCCCCCGCUGCACCAGUACCCCACACCGCCUCACCCUUGCGGAAGUCACAGGCAAAGGCCUAUGUAUCGGUUCUGUCCCCACUACUCAUUCCUUCCUCUGUAACUCCACCCUCUCCCCUCAACAUACCCCCCAUUUCCUUGAGGCCCCUAAUGGUACCUUUUGGGCAUGCAAUACGGGGCUUACACCCUGUAUCUCCCUCUUUACCUUCAACAUAACUUCCGAAUACUGCGUGCUCGUACAAUUAUGGCCCCGAGUUUCCUACCACACUGAUGACAUCCUUUCUCCAUACCUCUCACCAUCCCCCAAAUACCGUAGAGAACCCUUCACCACCCUCGCCAUAUUACUUGGGAUUGGCGGCCUAGCUGCCGGCAUUGGUACCGGCACCUCUGCAUUAUUACAGACACAAAAUCUGGCCGACCUCCACAGGGCUAUGACCUCUGAUCUAGAAGCCUUAGAAAAAUCAGUUUCUGCCCUAGAACGGUCCCUCACAUCACUGUCAGAAGUCGUGUUACAAAACAGACGAGGUCUCGACCUUCUCUUUUUAAAAGAGGGGGGAUUAUGUGCUGCCUUAAAGGAAGAAUGUUGUUUUUAUGCAGAUCAUACUGGUAUCGUAAGGGAAUCUAUGGCAAAAUUACGAGAACGCCUCGCCUUAAGAAAAAAGGAGGCUGAGGCCCAGGAAGGGUGGUUGAACAGCCUCCUGAAAGGCUCCCCCUGGCUUUCUACCCUGAUCCCAACCAUAGUAACCCCCCUCCUCAUCUUUUUCCUAAUCCUUACCUUCGGCCCUUGGGCCUUCCAACGCCUGACCGGAUUUAUCAAAACAAAAAUCGAUACUGCUCUUACUAGAUACCCUAUGGUUCAAUACCAUCGCAUUGAGAUAACAGACACUGAACGAUAUCUCACUUUGCCCGGUAAUGAUCGCUUACGCUUUACUGGCAGGGCGGUAACCCAAUGA